AACUACUACUCUCUCUCUCUCUCUCUCUCUCUCUCUCUACCUUCGUCCAUUCUAUCUUCUCUCUACUGUUCUCGCGAAGCCCUAAGAACCAGCUACGUUCUCAGGGUUUUUCUCAGAGACUUAAAAACCCAGAAAAUCCUCAAUGAACCUCCUUUUCCCGCCAUUUUCUCCUCUUCGUUCUCUCAGUCCCAAUUCAAAUUUCCCUCCAAAUUCUAGUUUACUUUCAAGCUCUUACAAUCCUAGCUUUCUCCCUCAUUUCAGGCGUUGCAGGUGCUCACGAGCCCUAUCUGAACCAGAAGGGCUUAACGGGGCCGUGGAUUCUUUCACAAAGUACUCUGGUUAUUUGUUUGAAAAUGGAGAAUCAGAAGCAGAGAGCUUGGGGGAAUAUGAUCAUUUAAGGAUUGCUUCGAUAUAUAGGCGAAGGCCAUUUCUUAUUUUGAGGAGGCUGCUUCAGAUUGGGACAACUCUCGGGAGGUGGUUUGCUCUUCGAUAUCUUGACAAUAUGUUGGGACGAUCUGAUCAGAUGUUUAAGAUAAGAGCAGCAGAACUUCGCUCGAUAUUGGUGGAACUUGGACCAGCCUUCAUUAAAAUUGCUCAAGCAGUUUCAGCUCGUCCAGAUGUAAUACCACCUGCUUAUCUUGAUGAGUUAUCAUUGUUACAAGACCGGAUUGCACCUUUCUCAACUGAGCUUGCGUUCAGUACAAUAGAAGAAGAGCUCGGAUUGCCAAUCUAUACGUUCUUUUCAGAUAUUUCUCCAGAGCCAAUUGCUGCGGCAUCACUUGGGCAGGUUUAUCAAGCUAGGCUUCGUCGUAGUGGAAAAGUUGUUGCUGUUAAAGUGCAGAGGCCUGGGGUUCAAGCAGCCAUUUCUUUAGAUAUCUUUAUCAUGCGUUCCCUUGCUGGAUACAUAAGGAAAGCUGCCAAAUUCAAUACUGACCUUCAGGCGGUGGUUGAUGAAUGGGCAUCCAGUCUUUUUCGGGAGAUGGAUUAUAACGCAGAAGCAAGGAAUGGCCUAAGAUUCAGAGAGCUGUACGGGAAGUUGCAAGAUGUAUUUAUACCAGAAAUGUAUUUGGAUCUGACCAGUCGCCAUGUGCUAAUCAUGGAGUGGGUUGAGGGGAAAAAAUUAGCAGAAGUCAAGGACCUUCACCUUGUUGAGGUUGGAGUUUACUGUUCUUUAACUCAGCUUCUAGACUAUGGAUUCUAUCAUGCUGAUCCUCAUCCUGGCAAUCUUCUACGCACAUUUGAUGGGCAGCUAGCUUAUUUGGAUUUUGGUAUGAUGGGUGAAUUCAGACAAGAACUGCGAGAGGCUUUUAUUGAGGCAUGCCUUCAUCUAGUCAAUCAAGAUUUUGAUGCCUUGGCUAAGGAUUUUGUCACCCUUGGGCUUCUUCCUCCAACUGCACAAAAGAGUGAAGUGACAAAGGCAUUAACUGGUGUUUUCCAAAAUGCUGUGUCCAAAGGAGUACGGAAUAUAAGUUUUGGAGAUUUAUCUGGAAAUUUGGGCCGAACAAUGUACAAGUUUAAAUUCCAAAUACCGUCAUAUUUUUCACUUGUUAUUCGAAGCCUUGCUGUUUUAGAGGGCCUUGCAAUUGCCAACAAUCCAAACUACAAAGUGCUCAGUAGUUCGUACCCAUGGAUUGCUAGAAAGGUCCUCACUGAUAGCUCGCCUCAGCUUAGAUCAACCCUUCAAGCUCUUCUCUACAAGGAUGGGACAUUCAGAAUUGAUCGUCUUGAGUCAUUACUAACUGAGUCCCUACGGUCAAGAUCAGAGGAAUCUUUGGCCAAAAGAGAAUUGAAGGAACAGGAUUCUAGUGUUGUUUCCAAGCAACUGCUUUCCUUCACGCUGAGUGAGAGGGGGGAAUUUGUGAGAGAUGUUCUCUUGGAAGAGUUCACAAAGGGCUUGGAAGCACUUGGCAUUGCAACCUUCGAUUCUGUUGCUUCAAGCCUCCCAUUUACCAACUCCUUUACAACUGUAUUUCAAAUGGAUGAAGAAUAUAUCAGAAACUUGAGGAAUUUUCGCCGCCUUCUACAAUUAUUAUCAGGGCUCGAAAGGAAUGAAGACCCAAAUGUGGCUGUUAGAGAGGCCAUUGUUGAUGCCACCCAAAAAGAUCAAAAGACUUCUUACAGGGAGUUAUCAUACAUUUUUAAUGAAUUGUCUUCGAUUCAGGAUCCCUUGCUUUUAAUUUCUGCUGUUCUUGAGCUUCCACCUGAAAUGCAGCUUCAGUUUUUCAAUCUACCGGCAGAUAUAGCUGGAAGACUAGCAUCUCGGAUUGUGGCGAGAACCAUCAGCAUAAGAAUCAGAGAAUCACAAAGUUUGAUCCAAGAAUUACAAAUCGAGAACUGCAAAAUGCCAAUGUGUGGUCAUAUGAGCCGAGAUGGAACUGCAGACCUAGUGGUUGAGGCAAAGAGCUCAUAUCAAUGGCUGCUAGACGUUUAUAAGAGGAACCGAGAAAUUGCUCUUCCUGAAAUGUAUGAAGGCUCGUGCCACUUCAUUCUCUCUCUCUCUCUCUCUCUCUCUUGAGCAAUGGUUACAGCAGGUUUAAAUUACAAACCAAAUGGUUAACCUAGAGCUCAAUGGUCAGACACCCCUAGUCCAAAACAUACAAAAGAAAUCUGGUAUUUCACUAUUUUUUCUACUUCUACUUACCCCAGACGAUGAGCAAAAGCAAAAGUCUGAUUCAGUAAUCUGGCAAGCAUCAAGACUCUGUGCUGAGUUUGUAGUAUUUUUCAACAAACAAGCAGCCGAAUUCUCAAGAAAAUCUUCUGCGUUUAUUUAAACAUUUGUACUUUUGAACAAUUGUAAUUUCAGUUAUGUACAGAAGCCUCACUGAGCAAAGAAAUAAGAAAACAAAACAAUGGAUGCAGGCCAAUUUGCAGUCA